UUCACCUCGCCAUGGCUUCGUCGUUGGUCUGUCGUGAAACACAAUGCAGGGUGAGUUCCGUUUUGAACAGAGAUGUGAAGCAGUUUGGCAAGAAGUUCAUGUUUGACAGUAACGAAGAGACGUGCUGGAACUCUGAUCAGGGUGAAUGUCAGUGGGUAGCUCUGGACUUUCCACAUCCUGUCAGAGUGUCCAGGUUAAAUGUUCAGUUCCAAGGAGGGUUUUCUGCGAAAGCAUGCAGACUAGAAGGAUCGCUAAGAGGUGAAGACACAAAAGAGAUUCACCAGUUCUACCCCGAGGACAACAACUCACUACAAAGCUUUCCCAUUCAGGAGGCCCCCUCUGUCGACAAAGUAAAAAUAAUGUUCGAGAAUAGCGCUGACUUUUUUGGGAGAAUAAUUGUUUACUCCUUGGAUCUCCUGGGAGAAAAAGCCUUGUGACCACUUUCUAAAAUCCUCUCAUGAGAGAGGAAGUGACUCGUGUGACAAGAACAGUAUCCAGGUCCAUGAUUAUGACGGAUCGUGGUGGAGAGGGUCAAGAUUUCCACAAUAACAAGGAGUGAUGUGGUCUUUCAUGGUAUGCUGUUGUUUCAGAGCCAAGAACUUUUGGACAAUUAAAAAAUAUUAUUUUACAACUAAAGAAUUCUUACACAUUUCUUAUUUGUUGUUUAAUUGAAAUAAACACAAUGCAGAUUUGUAAAGAAAUUGUUCUGGAUGAAUAUUUUAAAUCUAGUUCCUUGAAGAACUGUCAUGUUUGCUUGUAGAGUUUGAGAAUGUGGUCCUCCAACACUUGCUGAACUGUGAAACAAACAAACAUAGUUUAAGGAUAAAAGCUUCUGCUGUAUGUGUUCAAAAAAAUACUUCACACUCAACACCCUAUUCCACCCUAUUGUUUUGUGUGGAUAUUACUACAAACCCCAGUUUUCUUCUCUCCAACCGCUGAUGUUACCUCCAAGCUAUAAUCACUUACAAAGUAAAACAAGGCACUUUUAACUUACAAUAGUUGCAGAUAAGAUGCAGAAGUGCGCGAAUCCAUCCAUUAGUUUA